UCUUUGGUUGGUUGGUUGGCUUGCUCGCUCGCUCGCUCGCUGCUGCGAUCAAUGGAAGCCGCCACCGUCGUUGCUGCUCCGGUUCCGGCGGCUGACGCUGCUGCUGCGGCCAAGGCGCUGGAGAAGAAGCUUCUUGCCCUCGAGCUGGCCCCGUCGCCGGCGCCGGCGAAGAAGAGGGUGGUGGUGGUUGCGCCGCCCCCUCCCAAGAAGAAGCUCGUCGGCGGCCCCGGCGGGUACGUCCUCGAGGACGUGCCCCACCUCACCGACUACAUCCCCGACCUGCCCACCUUCCCCAACCCGCUCCAGAGCCACCCGGCCUACUCCGUCGUCAAGCAGUACUUCGUGAUGGCCGACGACACGGUGGCGAAGAAAAUCGUGGUGCACAAGGGGAGUGCGCGCGGGACGCACUUCCGGCGGGCCGGGCCGCGGCAGCGGGUGUACUUCCAGCCCGACGAGGUGUCGGCGGCAAUCGUGACGUGCGGCGGGCUGUGCCCGGGGCUGAACACCGUCAUCCGGGAGCUCGUCUGCGGCCUCCACGACAUGUACGGCGUGACCCGCGUGGUGGGCAUCGAGGGCGGGUACCGCGGGUUCUACGCGCGCAACACGGUGGAGCUCACCCCGCGCUCCGUCAACGGCAUCCACAAGCGCGGCGGCACGGUGCUCGGCACCUCCCGCGGCGGCCAGGACACGGCCAAGAUCGUGGACAGCAUCCAGGACCGCGGGAUCAACCAGGUGUACAUCAUCGGCGGCGACGGGACGCAGAAGGGCGCCGCGACGAUCAGCGCCGAGGUGCAGCGCCGCGGCCUGCGGUGCGCGGUGGUCGGCGUCCCCAAGACGAUUGACAACGACAUCGCGGUGAUCGACCGGUCGUUCGGGUUCGACACCGCCGUGGAGGAGGCCCAGCGCGCCAUCAACGCCGCCCACGUGGAGGCCGAGAGCGCCGAGAACGGCGUCGGCGUCGUCAAGCUAAUGGGCCGCAACUCCGGCUUCAUCGCCAUGUACGCCACCCUCGCCAGCCGCGACGUCGACCUCUGCCUCAUCCCAGAGUCCCCCUUCUACCUCGACGGCAAGGGCGGCCUCCUCGAGUUCGCCGAGAGGCGCCUCCGCGAGAACGGCCACAUGGUGAUCGUGGUGGCCGAGGGCGCCGGCCAGGACAUCAUCGCCAAGAGCAUGCGCCCCGCCGACACCCACGACGCCUCCGGCAACAAGGUCCUCCUCGACGUCGGGCUCUGGCUGUGCGCCAAGAUCAAGGAUCACUUCAAGAAGAAGGCCGACUUCCCCAUCACCCUCAAGUACAUCGACCCCACCUACAUGAUCCGAGCCGUCCCCUCCAACGCCUCCGACAACGUCUACUGCUCGCUCCUCGCCCACAGCGCCAUCCAUGGCGCCAUGGCCGGCUACACCGGCUUCACCGUCGGCCCCGUCAACGGCCGCCACGCCUACAUCCCCUUCUACAGGAUCACGGAGAAGCAGAACAAGGUGGUGAUCACGGACAGGAUGUGGGCGAGGGUGCUCUGCUCCACGUACCAGCCCUGCUUCUUCAGCCUCGAGGACGUCGAGAAGGCGGCGGGGCAGCAGGACGACGACGAGCCGCUCGUGCCGCUCGUCGAGGGCGAGAACUCGCUGGUCAAGCCUCCGCCGCCCUUCUUGUCCAGCGCCGCCGGCAAUGGCGCCGCGCUCUGCAACGGCGCCGCCUGAAGAGGCGCGGAGUAUACCAACACAAAGAAUUUGAAGAUGAUAAUUACACGAAUAUAAUUGUAAUUGUAGGAUUUUUUUUUCUCUUUAGAUUAUUUUUUUGUUCGUUCCUUUUUGGGCUUGCCGAUAUAGAGAAAGGAUUGACAAAAUGAGAAUAAUUGAAUUGAUCAUGUGCCAAUUGGUUGCAAAAAUCUUUGAGUGUUUCACCCCAAUUUCGCAUCCGUAUCAACACAAGCCAAAGUUGUA